AUGGACGACCCGCUGGACAACAGGGUGAACGACCCGGGUUGCGUCGUGCGAAAGCCAGGCACGAGAGUCGGCGAAGAUGAUUGUGACGGCCAGAGACGAGGCCCGUCGGUGCCGACCACGGUCACCAUCUUGACUCCAGCGCGUCCGACUGUCUUCCGGGCAUCGCGGCGCAUCGCGGGCAUCGGCGAAAUGGGCAAGAGGCGCGAACCUGGAACCAACAGAAUAUGCAGCCCGCAGGCCCCACUCUCGCCAUCCCCCCUCCUCGGCCGGAUCUUCGGCCUCUCGUGCUCCAUCUACCGGCCCUCUUCUGAUCUGGAAGAGCCUGCAAAUCUGCCGCGCGCGGGCCACCUCCUCUCGGUCGUCGGAUGGUGUGCGCUUGACUCUCCGCCGCCCCCACGCUACUCCCCUCAUCCACAAGAGAGGAGGUGGGGGCUUCAGCGGCAAGAGCAGCACGGGGAGACGGCGACUUGA